ACUCACGUGUGCUACAUGCGCGGCGACGUGCGCGCGGACGCGAGUUCUUCCUCCGUCUUUCUCUGCAACUCCAACACAACACGGCAGGAGAGGAGGAUAAGACCCUACACCCGCAAAUGGGAGGCCGGCACCAUGAGCAGGAUCGACGAGCUCCGCCUUCGCCCGACCAACGAAACCGGCUCGGCUUGCGACGUGGUCCACGACGUCCCGGCGGUGUUCUUCUCGACCGGUGGGUACACCGGGAAUGUCUACCACGAGUUCAACGAUGGGAUAAUCCCUCUCUAUGUAACUUCGCAGAAGUUCAAUAGGAAAGUCGUGUUCGUGAUAUUGGAGUAUCACGACUGGUGGGUAAGCAAGUACGCGAACAUCCUCUCCAGGCUCUCCGAUUUCGACCCCAUCGACUUCGGCAGCGAUAAGAGGGUACACUGCUUCCCUGAGGCCAUAGUAGGCCUCAAGAUUCACGACGAGCUCGCCAUCGAUUCGACCAAGAUGGAGAACAAUAAGACUAUUCGAGACUUUCGAAACCUGCUCGAUGAGUCUUACAAGCCAAGAAUCGAGCACAUCAAACAAGAAGAAGGAGGUGCAGAUAACAAGCAGCAACGGAUACGGACACCCGAUUCACGGCCCAGACUCGUGGUCGUGUCACGAAACGGGUCGAGAGGGAUCGAGAACGAGCCCGAAUUGGUGAACCUGGCGGCCAAAAUCGGGUUCAGGGUCGAAGUCCUCCGCCCUGACAGAACGACAGAGCUCGCCAAGAUAUACCGAUCGCUGAACUCCUCUGACGUGAUGAUUGGAGUUCACGGGGCCGCGAUGACGCACCUCUUGUUCAUGAGACCCGGCACGGUGUUCAUACAAAUAGUGCCGUUGGGGACGGACUGGGCGGCCGAGACGUACUACGGCGAGCCGGCGAAGAAGCUGGGACUGGAGUACAUGGGAUAUAAGAUUUUGCCGAGUGAGAGUUCGUUGUACAGAGAAUAUGAGAAGGAUGAUGCCGUGUUGAGAGAUCCUGAGAGCGUGAAUGCGAGAGGGUGGGAGGUUACGAAGAGGGUUUAUUUGGAUGGGCAAAAUGUGAGGUUGGAUUUGCACAGAUUUAGAAAAAGACUCGUUAAGGCUUAUGGGAUUCUGAAACAGAGGAGGAGGUAGCAGAGAGGAUUUGGUGGUGUUGUACAUUGUAGAUUGUAGAGAGGAGAUUCGUGAAGCUUGUUGAAAUUUCUUUUUCCCCCUUUCUUCAUUGAUUUUGGGUGAAUUUGUUCGUGUAAAUUUGUUGAAAUAAAUAGGAUUUGGACCUGCUGAAAUUCUCUCUUUUGUGCAGAAUGAUGGAGUUGUAUCCCUCUGUUGGUGAAUGAUUUAUAUGUUUAAAUUA